AUGCCGCAAUGGGCUCGCGACGGGAGGCACCUGAAGCACAUGUCCGUGCAUGGCAACUGCGAGGCUUCGGUCCGUCUGGAGAGAGGAGAAGCUCGGGUUGGGCUCAUGGACGACAGGGUGAAGCCUGGCGAGUGCUGCUGUUGCCUGACGGGUGGGGGACACAGGAACUGGUUUGAUCCUCGUCUCAACGAUCGGGUGACGUACAUCGACACAUACUUCGGCGCCGUCAGAAACGGAGGGAGGAGUCUGGAGGAGGGGAAGAGGUUCAAGGCAGCCCCCCCGGAUAUCGUUACGCUCCUGUUGGCCGAGGACUCCCUCUCCUUCAAGAUCAACGGGAACCAAGUUGCUCAGGUCCCCUUCAAGCCCUCCUCCGCUUUUCGCCUUGCGGUUCAGAUGUGGGACAAGGACGAUGCUGUGAAGCUGAUCGGGGGGGACGUCAACUCUCCUUACGCGCUGAAAGAACUCACGGCAAUCUCUGCCGCCUCCUCCCCUGCUCCCAGGGUACGACCGAACCUGCUCAACUUCGAUGAGUCUCAAGGAGGAGACUCGACAAGGAUGUCCAACGGUAGCAUGAGCGAUGCUAAGUGCUGUGAGUUCAGUAACAAGGCUGCAGGAAGCGGAGGCCCAGAGCCCACGGAGAGGAACAAUGAGUACGACGGCAAAGAAGCUGAAGCAGCGGGUCGACCGCGUGAAGGCAGGGAGGGAUCGGACGUCAAAACAGGGGAGGAGCAGGAGGAGCAAAAUGUUCAGCACGUGCGAGUCACGUCGGCACAGGAGCAGGAAGAGGAUGGAGAGAAUGCGAGGCAACCAACUCCUGCUACUCCGGAGGCAGCCAUGGCCGACACAACGCAACCGGCUGACCCGAGCAAUCAGGAUGAUCACGAGCACGAGAAAGGAGAGGGAGGAGCUGAGAGAGGAGGAGGAGGAGCAGAGGGGGUUGGAGGAGGGCCAGAAGGGGGAGAGGGAGGGGAAGGCGAGGCGGUGGCAGGAGCAGAUGGAGGAGGAGUUGAACAACCUGCGGAGGAAGAAACUACGGUAGAGUACGGAGACGCGAAGAAUUCCGGGGAGGAAUCAACAGGAAACAAAACCGAAGAGGUAGAGACACCGGCUGCGUCCGAUCCGAGCGCUGAUGCCGCUCAGGAGGAGGCGCAGAAGGAGGAGGAAGCCGUUCCAGAGCCCCCCCUUGCGGAUGAGCAGGGAGGAGAAGGAAGCAAUCAGGAUGGGCAGGGAGAACAAGAGGCAGCGACAGCAGCAGCACAAGCAGAGGAGGAGCCUGGCAAAGCUGCUGAGGCAGAGGAAAAGGUGGAACCGGAUGCAAGUCAAACCAAGGAGGACGAAGGCAGCAAGGCUGCGGAGGAGGUGCCUUCGCCAGAGGAUGCAUCAGAUAGUCAGGCAGCAGGUGGUCAGGAAUAG